UUUAGCCUUUGUUAAAAGUAUUUUCUAAACAGUGUUUGUAAUGCCUCUAAAUUGAGUUUUAAAGAAAAAAUAUUUGGGGAAACGCUGCUUUUAGACGGUAUCCAUAAGCAGAAAUAGUUUUGGGUUGACUUGGGAGUGUAACUUUGUUCCAACAGUGUUUUAUGGAUACAUUCUCAUGUUUUAGAAUGACCCUCAGUGACCAAACCUGAUUGAAACCAGAGCAGAUGUUCAAAGUGCAAACUGGGUACCGUUUGCUGACCUUGUGAUGAUUUUCUUUUUUUUUGUGGCACCUUGACUGUAGUUUACAGAUAGUAGCAAUUUGGCCCACCAACUCAGAUUGACAUUUUCAAAAGUUUAUAGUUUGAGUCUUGGAGAUGAAUUAUAUUCUUUAAAGAUUGAAGCUGUUUGGUGUAAUUUGUCUUUUACUUACAACAUGCUCAGAAAAUGUUAAGUUGGUCACUGCAGUAUUGUCAGUAAUUGCCUUUAGUGGACCUUUUCUAGGGCCACUAAAGGCCCUACAAAUGGCUAAACUUGGCCAAAUACUACAAGUGCUUUUUAAUAUAAGAGUGACUCAUUUCCCGUUCUUGUUGUGAAGGAUAGAAGAAAUAACCCAAACAGAAUAGAAAAAAAAACAUUCAAACCCACCAGUAAUAUAAAACUGUGUAAUUAAAGGAGCAUUUUAUUGAAAAAGUAGUAUUUUACCAUUUUUUGUUUUAAAUCUACAAUGAUUUACAUAUUCUUGAGGCUAAUUUCUUCAAAAAUAAUGCAUGCAAAGCUUGUCUUUGAACAGAUAAAAAUGAAAAAUGCCCCAGUGUACUUUCUCCCACUGUCCAUACAGGCGUGACAGAGACCGGGAUCGUGACAGGAACCGGGAUCGGAACUGUAACAGGGGCCGAGACGUGAAGUCAGGCGACGACCCCGUCGCCUCGGCUGCAGCCAGUUGGAGUUUUGUGAACCGACCUCCCGUUCAGCAGCAGAUAAACCCCUUCACCAACCUGCCCCACACACCACGCUACCAUGAGAUCCUAAAGAAGCGGCAGCAGCUCCCAGUCUGGGAGUACAGAGACGUCUUUACAGAAAUCUUGAUGCGGAACCAGUCGUUCGUGCUGGUCGGAGAGACGGGCUCUGGAAAAACCACGCAGAUCCCACAGUGGUGUGUAGACAUGGUGCGUUCGCUGCAGGGACCGAGGAGAGCGGUAGCCUGCACCCAGCCCAGGCGGGUGGCGGCGAUGAGCGUCGCCCAGAGGGUGUCAGAUGAGAUGGAUGUCAUGCUGGGUCAAGAGGUGGGCUACUCCAUCAGGUUUGAGGACUGCAGCUCUGCCAAAACUGUAUUAAAGUACAUGACAGAUGGAAUGUUGCUGCGGGAGGCUAUGAACGAUCCCCUGCUGGAGCGCUAUGGUGUCAUCAUUCUGGACGAGGCCCACGAACGCACAUUAGCCACAGACAUCCUCAUGGGGGUUCUUAAGGAAGUAGUCCGCCAGAGGUCUGACCUCAAGGUCAUCGUCAUGAGUGCGACGCUGGACGCCGGAAAGUUCCAAGUGUAUUUUGACAACUGCCCGCUGCUAACCAUCCCUGGACGCACGCACCCCGUGGAGAUUUUUUACACACCGGAGCCCGAGCGAGACUACCUGGAGGCGGCCAUCCGCACCGUGAUCCAGAUCCAUAUGUGUGAGGAAGAAAAGGGGGACAUUCUGCUCUUCCUCACUGGACAGGAGGAAAUCGACGAAGCCUGCAAGCGAAUCGAGCGUGAGGUCGACAACCUGGGGCCCCAAGUCGGCAAUAUGAAAAUCAUCCCCCUGUACUCCACCCUACCACCGCAGCAGCAGCAGAGAAUCUUUGAGCCGCCUCCACCAAAUGAACCAAACGGCGCCAUUGGAAGAAAGGUCGUUGUGUCAACAAACAUCGCUGAGACGUCCCUGACCAUCGACGGAGUGGUGUUUGUAAUUGAUCCCGGAUUUGCCAAGCAAAAGGUGUACAACCCACGCAUCAGAGUGGAAUCCCUUUUGGUCACAGCCAUCAGCAAGGCCUCGGCUCAGCAGAGAGCGGGUCGCGCUGGACGAACGCGCCCAGGAAAAUGUUUCCGCUUGUACACAGAGAAAGCUUACAGGACAGAAAUGCAGGACAACACAUAUCCAGAGAUCCUGAGGUCUAAUCUUGGCUCUGUGGUGCUGCAGCUAAAGAAACUGGGCAUUGAUGAUCUGGUGCACUUUGACUUCAUGGACCCUCCAGCCCCAGAGACCCUGAUGCGAGCCCUAGAGCUGCUGAACUACCUGGCAGCGCUCAACGACAACGGUGACCUGACCGAGCUGGGCUCCAUGAUGGCGGAGUUCCCCCUGGACCCGCAGCUCGCCAAGAUGGUCAUCGCCAGCUGCGAAUUCAACUGUUCCAAUGAGAUCCUCUCCGUCACCGCCAUGCUGUCAGUCCCACAGUGCUUCGUUCGACCCGCGGAUGCCAAAAAGGUGGCUGAUGAUGCCAAGAUGCGCUUUGCCCACAUCGACGGAGACCACAUGACGUUACUCAACGUCUACCAUGCCUUCAAGCAGAACCACGAGUCCACCCAGUGGUGCCACGAUAACUUUGUAAACUACCGCUCGCUGAUGUCAGCAGACAACGUUCGGCAGCAGCUGUCAAGGAUCAUGGAUCGCUUCAACCUGCCAAGAAACAGCGGCGAUUUCAACAGCAGAGACUAUUAUCUCAACGUCCGACAAGCGCUGGUCACUGGCUUUUUCAUGCAGGUUGCUCACCUUGAGCGCACCGGCCAUUACCUGACGGCAAAGGAUAACCAGCUAGUGCAGCUGCACCCCUCCACUGUGCUGGGCCACAAACCUGAGUGGGUUCUCUACAACGAGUUCGUCCUCACCACCAAAAACUACAUCCGGACGUGCACAGACGUCAAGCCGGAGUGGCUGGUGAAAAUUGCCCCGCAGUACUACGAGAUGAGUAACUUCCCUCAGUGUGAAGCAAAAAGACAGUUGGAGCAUAUUAUUGCAAAACUCUCAUCCAAGGAAUACACUCAGUACUAAGAAGGCCUGCGAGUGCUGCGGCAGUACAAAGUGUAAAUAUGAACUCGUUUCAGUGUUCUUUGUCUUUUUAAUUCCCACGAAGGACACAGUGUGACUGUUUUUUUUUUUUCCUUCACUGCACCAAAUGCUUUCUCAUGAUUCAUAAACUGUGGGCUACAUUUACUGGACCUUUUUUAAGCAUCAUUGCAAACAGGCUAAAUAGGCUUAGAAAUAUCUUAUCAGAAAAUGAACAAUUCUGUCACUUGAUGUAAAUUUCAACACUCCAUUGUUUAUUGCUACUUUAACGGCAUUAAUGUAUUAAGAGUGGCUUUUGAUCAGAUGUAAUUAAACAGCAUUUUGAUGUAAUGUUCAUCUCACUUCCCAUCAGCUGUUCAGUUGAAUAAAAAAUGCAUUUG